AUGACCGGAGCUGCUGUGUCUGUGGGCCUGCUUUUUCUCCUGUCUGUAUGUUCAGCGUGUUACAUCUCCAACUGCCCUAUCGGAGGAAAGAGGUCCAUAAUGGAUGCACCACUGCGCAAGUGCAUGUCAUGUGGCCCCGGAGACAGGGGCCGCUGCUUCGGGCCAAGUAUCUGCUGCGGGGAAGGUCUUGGUUGUCUGCUCGGCUCCCCCGAAACAGCUCACUGUGUGGAGGAGAACUACCUGCUCACUCCCUGCCAGGCAGGAGGACGACCCUGUGGUUCUGAAGGAGGACGCUGCGCUGCUUCAGGACUCUGCUGUGAUGCAGAGAGCUGCACCACAGAUCAAUCCUGCCUUAUCGAGGAGGAAGGAGAUGAACAAACCAGCCAGUUCGAUGGCAGCGACCCCGGUGACAUCAUCCUCAGGCUCCUGCAUUUGGCUGGCCACAGUUCUCCUCAUCGAGUCCACCAAUGA